GAGCGGCUCUCCGGAAGGUUUGUGUACCGCCAUUUUGCAGCGCCGGGCCGUCGGACCGUGCGGAAGUGGCGACCGGCGAGGCGGGAAGGGACGGGGCUCAGCCGGCUCCUCCCCCGCUGGGGCGGAGAGGCGGGGACUGAGCGGGGCCGGGCCGGGCCGGGCCGCAGCCGCGCUUGGUGGGGGUGGCAGGGCCGAGCGGGGCUCAGAAUGUCGGCAUUCUCGGAGGCGGCGCUGGAGCGGAAGCUGUCGGAGCUCAGCAACUCCCAGCAGAGCGUGCAGACGUUGUCUCUGUGGCUCAUUCACCACCGCAAGCACGCAGGGCCCAUCGUCUCCGUUUGGCACCGGGAGCUCCGUAAAGCAAAACCAAAUAGGAAGCUGACAUUCCUGUACUUGGCCAAUGAUGUCAUACAGAACAGCAAAAGGAAAGGACCGGAAUUUACAAAAGACUUUGCUCCAGUAAUAGUGGAGGCUUUUAAGCAUGUUUCAAGUGAGUCUGAUGAAAGUUGUAAAAAGCACCUUGGCCGAGUGCUCUCGAUCUGGGAAGAAAGGUCUGUUUAUGAAAAUGAUGUAUUAGAGCAACUUAGGCAAGCUUUGUAUGGAGACAGAAAGGUGAAGAAGCGUACAUAUGAACAGAUAAAAGUUGAUGAAAAUAACUGUUCACCUCGAGGUUCUCCCACUGACCCUCCACAGACCAUGGAUCUCAUUAGAGCAUUACAAGAACUAGAAAAUGCUGCUUCUGGGGAUGCAGCAGUUCAUCAGAGGAUAGCUUCUUUGCCUAUAGAGGUCCAGGAUGUGUCCCUGUUAGACAGGAUAACAGAUAAGGAAUCUGGAGAGCAACUUUCCAAAAUGGUAGAUGAUGCGUGUAUGUUGCUGGCGGAUUACAAUGGCAGGUUGGCAGCUGAAAUAGAUGAUAGGAAGCAGCUAAUUCGAAUGUUGUCAGACUUUCUACGAUGUCAAAAAGAAUUUCUUGCAGAGAAGGAACAUAAGCUGGAAGAAUACAAACGCAAGCUAGCCAGAGUGUCCCAAGUACGGAAAGAACUCAGAACACGCAUCCAGAACCUGCCUGACCUCUCUCGACUUCCCAAUGUCACGGGCAGCCAUGUACACCUACCAUUUGCAGGAGACAUCUAUGGUGAUGACUGAUUACAGGAAUACCCUCUGUAACCUCUACUUUUCUGUGAAAUGAGGGGUAGGUCAGACUGAUUGGUACUCUUGUAGUAUUAUUUUUGUAUAUUGUUGGAAAGCGUCAGUAAAAAUACUCUAAUAAUUUAUUUAAAAAAUGAUUUAAAAACGCUGAUUUGUUUACUAUUUUAUUGGCAAGUGAACAUGAGGGUACAUUUAUAGAAAGCGGCAUCUGCAUCUAUUAUAUUAAAGAAUGGGUAACUAUCUUAUAUUUUGUACAGAUUUUGGUUGGGUGCCCUAUAAAAAAAAAAAGAAAAAAAAAAAAAAAAAAAGAAACUUGCUAAGAUUUUUUCCUAUGUACCCUAUACUUAAUGUAGAUCAACAGGUAAUCAAAGCAUACUUCUAACUUCUAACUUGAAACGUUUCAGUUGCUAGUGAAGGAGUGAAACAUGGAAACCACAAGCUUAUGUUUGCAAGAUUAAUGCAAGUUAACGCAAAGUUGAAAGUAGGCUCACUGUCCAUUGUGUUUAAACUACCCAAUCUUAAAAUUAAGUCCGGUGGUUUAUUUUGAUGUAAAUGUUAGUAACCAGUUUUGAACUGGAAAACAUUAAUCAUGUUACACGUAGUAGAUCUUUAAAUGACUCAAAAUAAUGCAAUCUGUUAGUAUCAUCUAAAAGUCAGCAAAAGAAACUACACGAUUGACCAUUUUAAUAAGGUUUUAAAAUUGGAACUUUUCUUUUUACAGCUGCUUAGUUUCUAAAUUGAGGAACCAUUCAAUUAUACUCGAAUCCCUUCCUGGAAUACCUGUCUCGGACUAAAAAGGUUAAUUCCAGAAAUGUAAAACCAUUUUACAACUUUAAUUAAAUUGGAAGGUCAUUCUGGGAACUGUCCUAAUUGUUAAAUGCCCAUUACUAAAACUGACUAUGUUAGAUACCAUUUAUGCAUGCAGCAAUACAGCACAGCCAAAUAGUAAGGUGUAUGGAAGCUCCGGGCCAAGCCACCCUCUUCCACCGAGAAACCCCAGCGGUCAGCAUAGGCUUCCAUCCUCCUGUCUCCAUCUCUCCAGCAGACAUUUUUGUCUGCAGAUUUUUUUUUUGUCAGCAGAUUUUGAUGGUGAUUUCUCAUGAGGAAGAGAGAAGAUGGUUCAGGCCAGUGUUUGAGUUGAACUAUGGAAAGUUAUUGCCCAGUGUGUUUUUUAAAACAACAAACACAACCUACCAACCCUUUGCCUGCCACAAAUGUGAUACUCAUCUGCAGGUAUUCAAGCUUGUGAAAAUUCCUUGUUUCAGUAUGAUGCACCAGCUUUUAAUUUCCCUUGAAAAUCCAAAGAUAUAGACAGGCAUGUAGAGGAUGGACAGGAAGUUUACAUUUUUCAGUCAUCUGGAAUUAGAUGCUUUGUUGUUGAGGAAUGAUUCGAAAAAUGCCUACCUGUAUCCUUUGGCAUUUAGAUGACCUUAAAAACCCAGUCUGCAAAUGUUUUUGACUUUGAUGGAUCAUCUGAGAAUUCAUUAAUAGCAUUUUGUUCAUGCAUUUGCUCGAUUGCAUCAGUCAAGUUCAGAGUUCACAGGCUCAUCCACUCCUUUCUACAUGAAAGCUAAUCUUAAUAAGUAAUCUAUUUUUCCUUUUCAAAAACCACAAUGAUUCAGAACAGCCCUGGAUUUAAGUUUUUGAUGCUGGAGAGUGAUCUGUCAUUUGUGUUUGACUUCCACAAGGCCAAUCCCUAGAAUGUUCUAUGUGUAGAAUAUCAUUUCUUUUUAAAAUUCUUACACCUGCACAUAAACACCCCGGUCCAAAUAGCUUUUCUCAUGGAAGACAUGAAUUAGACUUCAGUUAAAUAGGAAAACAAACAAACAAACAAAAAACAAGGAAAAAGAAAAACCCAAGCUGUUGACCAAGCAUUCCUCAGCAUGCCAUGUAGGAAUAUUAAUGUCAUCGCUAGUUCUAACUGCUGACAGGAAGGAAUGCUGAAAAUAGCUCGUAUGGGCUCAAUGAGUGUCCAAAAUCUGUAAGUUAACCAUGGUUAAUCCAGACAAGUGUUUCUUUAGUUUAGAUGUAACAUAAGAAAUUAAGUAACACUUAUUGCCAUCUUUUCAGCUUACAUUUAUGCUGAGAAAAUGGACAUGCAGAUAAUAUUUAUGCAGUUUUAACAUUUCUGUUGCAGUUUGUUUAAACCAAGCUUGUAAAUUUUAGUGAUCUUUGUGUGUGCAUUACAGCUGUGGUUCAAAUUCAGCCUUGCUAAAGGAUAGCAUUGAAUUUAUUCAAAGUAUUAUAAUAAUACAACCCAUUAAAAACUAUAAAGCAAAUCAUAGAACAGGAAGGAUAAAUAGUGAGUUCACCAUUGAAUCCCAUCCAUGGAAAUCUUAAUUUGUACACAGAGGUGAUGACAAGUGCAGUGCCAUGGCUUGCUAGAGCCCAUUGAGGGAUGUACAUCAUGGGUACUCAAAACCAGAGGGAAUAUUGUAAACUUAAACUAUCUUUUCUAAUAUAUCACUUUGAAGGGGAAACUGGUACUGUAUGGAACAGCAACGAGUAAAACAUAAAUUGGUGAAAAGUCAUUAUUUGGGAAAGUUUCCAUAUUUGUUGUUGUUGAAAAUUAUUUUCACACCUAUUUCUGCCUAUUAUCACAGUCAUAUUCUGUAUCUUUUUAAGAGGAUGUUGAUUAUUUUCCAUUCCAAAACUGACUUCCAAAGCUUCACAGGAAUACAAAGGCAAUUAUGACUUUCAAGUAAGAUUCAGCUGUCUUGAUUGUUAGAUUUUUUUUCUCAGCCUCCCAAACAGGCUUUGUUUCAUCGGUGGGAACUCUUACGGUAGUCACAGCUGGGGCUUCAAAUUAAGAAACAAAACAAAACCAGACUUAUUUACUGAAUGGCUUCUUAAGAGUUUGAAGUCUUGGAAAGACCUGAAAGUUGCUGUUCUGCCUUCAAGGUUUUUCCUUAACUUGUAAAUCUUCGGUUCUUGGAGGCAGAACUUUUUCUAUGUGGUGCUCCACAGAGGUAUCCUUAUCUGCUUUUCCCACUUCUCUGUAUGAAACACUGCGCAUCACACUGGGACUCUUUUACUACCUUCGUGAAAAUAUAAUAAUGAAGUAGAAUGCUGAAUUUCCUUGACUUCUCAAGAGAGUUUAAAAAGACUUAACACUAGGUUUGUUUUUCCUGUUCGUAGCAUUAUCUUUGUAAUAACGUUGCUUGUCUAAAGAUAAUGCGGAACUGAUAAAAGAAUUAGGAACAAUCUCAGCUUUUUUUCUUGCUGUAUAUAUGUUUUAAUUUUGAGAGAGUGUUAAUUUAUGUACGUAUUAUUAUUUUUUUUUUCUUUAUUUUGCUGCGUUAUUUGUUUACUUCAAGGAGUAUUUCAUAGUUGUACUUCUGGAAAUUAUCCCUCAAAAUUAUUUUGGAAAAGAGGACUUACCAAAGGUAAACGUCACUCUGACAGCAGGUGUCUUGUGGUAGUGGAUGAAUGGUAUGUCGUUGGGUCCUUUUAGUUAUUAUUAUUUCUAUAGGAAAGGCAUUGUGUAUCAACUAGUUAGAAGAUUUAUACUACAACUGCAAUGGUAUAGUAGGAGAUAACGUGGUAUGAUACAAAUGCAGCCCUGUAGUAUCAAAAGAUACCUCCAAAUCCUCAGGUUCCAAAGCUUACUGUGUAUACUUCUGACAUCUCAGGAAGAAAAGAGGCUGGGUGGGGGAAAGUGAGUGCCUAGAAGCUAAGAAGGUAGGAAAAUGCCUGAGUAGGAAUGAGAAGCAAAAGAAAUGUCAGUGCUUGUCAAAAUGGAAAUCACAGUGCAAAACUGAGCAGCACAGUGUUUUUUACCCAUUGAUGGGAUUAUACCAUGGAACUACUCUGGGGGGUCUUGCCACACUGUGAAACAUGUGGGUGUACCCUGCCCAUCUCUUCUAAUGCGGUCUGACUCUACCCGCACCAGAAUACCUGCCCUACAAAAGGCACAAAUAUGAAUUGUCUGAACAUGUUUCAUUUAAUAAUAAAUCCUAACCAUCAGAUUAUUUGCUUCACUAUAUAUUGCACUUUUAUUGAGCGUUCUUUGGAAAAAGGAAAAAAAGAAAGAAAAAAAAAAGAAAGAAGAAAAAGAAAAAAAAGCAAAGACAAUCCUGCAGCUCUUUGCCAUAUGAGAAUGCUCACCUUGGAGGUCACUGGGACUGCUUGUGUAUUGUAAUGUUUGCAGGUUCAAGCUGUAUUUUUUGCAAAACGUUUUGAAAACUACGGAGAACAUCACCCCACUUCUCUGGUUUUAGAAGUAAAUGUGAAACCCUUAAUUAUAACAGCUUAUGAUUCUUAGAAACUGUGCUUCAUUGUUCUUUUUGAAAAUUAAAGUAUAUACUGCAGUAACGUUAGCUUGUCUGUCUCACUCAGUUAAUGUUUAUAUACACCGAAGCACCUCAGCUAAUCCCUGUGAACACAAGCCAAAUUUCAUGCUUAUUAUGUACUUUAUGUGAGUAGUCUUCUGAAUGUCAAACAGAGAUCUUUUGUUAUAGUAAAUAUACAUUCCUAUUUUCCUGAAGUUUUAAAAGAUAAUGUUUUAGGAUUUUAGCAGACUAAUAUUCUUUCCCUUGCCAGUGGCAGCUCAGCCUGGUCAUUUGGUGAUUGCCCCAGUUACAUGUCUAGGAUGCAGUAGUCCCCUGCGCAGAUGAACAUGGAGGUCACGUGUAGGCUUGAUUGGCCCUUUGCAGAGGACCAAUCCUAUUUCAGCAUUCUGAAACGUGAGCAAAUAAAUAGAUUCAUGUUUUUUUCUUCUUUGGAAAGAUUGGUGAAAUAGGAAAGCAGCACGUCUAAAAUUUGGCUGCUACGUUUAUAAAUAUUUAGGGCCAGUUCUGCUCAUUGCUCACGUCUAUAAUCGCAGCAACUUGUCCUGCAAGUAAAGAAAGCAGAUCCAAAUGCAGUGUCUAAAUAAAGUAGAAUAUAUAUAUGUAUAAUUUUUUUUUCAUGAAUGACCAAUUUUGUCUCAGCUCCUAUUUCAGCGUGUCAUUUAUCUUGAUUAAGUAGAACUCUUCCAUCAUGUUAUUUAGAAACCGAAUCCUAAUUUCAUCUUUACAACAUUCAAAGUAUCCUACUAAGCAUGACGUUUUUGUGGGAAUUUGCAGAAGUUCAAUAGCACUCUUGUUACUUUGUUUGCAACAGAAAUAGACACGUUUGUUAAAAGCUAACCAGAAAAGUUUGAAAUGUAAAGAUGUUUCAUUAUUGUGUUCUUCUGAAGGAUUGUGUAAUCCUUGUGUAAUUUAUGUCCUCAAAAUAACACCUGUAUCUAUGCUCUUUCAUAUUUAAUAGAAUAAAACCUUGUUGUAAAAUA